CUGUACGAUUUGCAUCGUCUCUUCAAUGCAGGCAUACAAUUAAACUGUUGUUCGCCUACUCGCUUUAAAAAACAGGAUGCAAUUUGUUGUACUCCUAGUGUAAUCAAUCUCAUAAACACGUUCCAAAAUAAGAACUAAUUUCCCUACUUGACUAUCCAAGACAGAUUAAUAAUAAUAUUUAAGUGGGGUGCCUGACGCAAAGUAGCCUCUAUUUUUGCAAAUAUUUCUUGUUAAUGAAUACAUUUUCGUUCUUAUUUAUAAAGUGAUUGCAAAAUAAUUAUCUAACUUACAGACCUAAUUUAGGUCCACCACAGUUUCCCUCUCACUUAAUGUGUCAGAAAAAGUUUUAAAGUAAGUGUUCACUACCCAAGCAGCUGCCAAUAUAGUCUGCGUACCCGUAAGUCUCCAUUCAUUAGAACGCAAGUCCUUCAAACCCUCUGUCCAGAUGUCCCUCAUUCAGAGGUCAUUUAGACAGGGCUAAAAGCUUCUAGAGAUUCCACUAUGAUCUACUCUGAUCCCACGGCAUGGAGUUAUGCCAAACACCUCAAGGACAGAGCUAAAGAGGGGAUUCUUUUUAAUAAUGUAAUAAUAUUAGAACCACCUAGCGCAUCUCUAACAGAAGCCAACCGAAAAUGUCCUUGUAGAAUUCAUAUGAAACGUUUAAUUAAUUUGCUGCAUGACCUCAAGUCAACACCCAACAAAAAAAAAAAAACUUGUAUGCAAAAGUCUUCAGUAUCCUAAAAGGUUCAAAUAAAUGAAGUUCCCAUCAUUGAAAUGCUUCCCAUCAUACAUGAGAACUUAAUACUGUUAUUUGAUGCCUGAUCCAGCAAGUUAUUCUCCUGUAAGGACAAACAGAGCCCAAAUAUCACAGCAAGGCCUGCGUGCCGACAUGCCUUUGGUGGGUAAGAAUAGCCUCACAAUGGAGCUCACAUCUCUCGUCUUCUGUUGUCAGGGAACAGUUGUUGUCAGGACAGAGGCAGAGGUAAGAUGGGAAGCCAAGUUGGUGGAUAUGCAUGAGUCUUGCCGUUGCAGAUUUCACCCGACCUGGUGUGUAGGACCUGACCGGGAAUUUGAGUGCUUGUAAAUAGGGCUUAUUUUUAAUGCCCACUUGGACUGAGUUUAAUUCAGACUGUAAAAUCUUUUUCUUGUGUGGAAUCAAGUGGGCUGUGAGUUGACCAGUUGGGAUAUCCUGGGUUUGGAGGCCUAAAUCUGCUGGCAUGGCUAAACAGACUGCAUCUGAAAUUAUCUUCAUAACAUUGAACCACAACCUCACCCUUAUAGGGAAAGCAUGGCUCGUCCUGGUGGUAUUCCUUAGAAUCCUGGUCUUGCUGUUUGCUGGUUAUCCCCUCUUCCAGGAUGAGCAGGAAAGAUUUGUGUGUAACACCAUUCAGCCCGGUUGUGCCAAUGUGUGCUACGACAUGUUUGCCCCUCUUUCCCUUUUCCGAUUCUGGCUGGUGCAGCUCACAACGCUUUGCCUUCCCUAUGCGAUGUUUGUCAUCCAUGUGAUCCACAAAGUGAGUUCUGGUCUACCUGCUGACAGUGGAACUUCGGAGUCCAUUAAAGCAGACUCCAUCUAUAAGAUCCAUCAAGAAUCGUUCAGGAAUGCAUCUCUUUGUAAGACCGUCGUGAAGUCUGAGAAGGGGCGGGUGCAGUAUUUCACAGGAGCCUACAUCUUGCAUCUGUUGCUUCGGAUACUUGUAGAAGCUGGAUUUGGAGCUGCACAUUAUUACUUGUUUGGCUUCCACAUCCCCAAACGCUUCAUGUGUCAGCAGCCACCUUGCACAACAAUGGUGGACUGCUACAUCUCUAGACCCACUGAGAAAACCAUCAUGCUGAACUUCAUGUUGGGGGCAGCCGCUUUGUCCUUGCUGCUAAACGUGUGCGACUUAAUCUGUGCCGCCAAGCGCUCCGUGAGGCAAAAAAGCAAAGGAAAGAUGCUAGUAGAGAAGAUGUACGCCGAGGAGCAGUACUACUUGUCAGGAACGGGAAUCAUUGUGGACGCCAGCAUCCAGCCGACUCAAGAUGUGAUGGGACCGGGAGGGUUCCGCAAAAGACGGACCAGAAACUCAAGUGGCGAUGAAGCUGCUUCCAUUCUUUUGGACAUUGACCCUCCACCACCCUCAACUCUUGGAGGAAUGCCUACAGUUGCUGGAAUGCCUGGUUCCAACAACAAUGACGACAGCAGCAGCUACCAACCCACCCAAGAAGAGGGGAUGGUAAGAGAGGGCAGUGAAGUGGCACUGUACCCCAGUGAGCCUUUGGGGACUCCUAGAUCCGUGCGAGUUAGCAAACGCAGUCGCCUCAAACCUCCACCACCUCCACGAAGAGACAAACUAGCUGCUCAAGGUGCAAUUGAUGUCUCGGGAGCAACAGCAUUGUGUACCAGAAGAGUAGGGCAAUAUACUCUGGUAGAAAUGACCACCGGUGAGGACGUACCAACUUGCAAUGGAGACGGACAAGAAAAUAGGUCGGAAUGGGUUUGACUGUCUCUCCAGAUGACUAAGAAGCUUUCAUUUUGAAGCAUUGCAAACUGAUUGGGACUGGAACAGAGUGACUUGAUUGGAACAGUUUACUUGGAGAAACAAGGUGAAAUGAGAGGUAUUAUUAGAUGCCAACGUCAUGGAUACAUGCCAACCCUUGGAUCAGCUCUGCCCAUCAGCAUUCACCUGCCUCUCAUGUUUGUGUUAGCGCAGUCUGUCUUUCUUUCACAAGCCAGACGGGCCUUGACCUGCCAUGCCCCUGCGACAAUCAGGGGACACCGAAGGCCUUUCUAAAAACAGGUCUGUUGCAACCACCCAAGGUCUCUGAGGUUAAGCUAAGACUGACAUACUUUCUGCUUCAACAGGGGCGGCCACCAAACAAGAACAACCCUGAGGGUACAAGGGGCUUUAAAGGUCCUCCAAAAUCCUCCAGCCUGCAAAAACUCAGGAACUGUCGAUUUUCAGUCAACUGGACCCCAUCAUAAAGCAAUUACUGCCCAGGCUGCUUUUGUAUUUAUGGAGGUAGUUUGUAACACUAUUUCAAGGACCCGCUGGGGUUUGGUUUGGAGCUUUAGAACAAACACUUAAAAUAGAGCUCCGUAAUCUGGUGUAACACGAGAGCAAGACGAUGCGCGCCUUUCAGACUCUCAGAAGCGAGCCGCAACAUGUAAACGAUUAGACACGUUAGCUUUAGACAGUCACCUAGACUGCAGCCCUCCUGUCCUCACAAUGUCAGUCAUGUGUCUUACUAAACACACCAGGGACUUCUGGGAUUGACUAUUUAUGGAGUUUCCUUAUACAUCACUAAUGAUGAUUUGUAGCUGUAGUUUUUCGUCUUUUCUUUUGCUGCUAUGCUAGGGAUCUUUAGUCUGAUGUCAAAUGGUUUGCAAGUCAGUGACUCUUUGGCAUUGUUUUUAUUUUAUUACCUGACCAAAUCACACCCCCCCUUAAAAGGGCAGAGAAAUAUUAUUAACAUUUCACAUAUUACACAACUUUAAACUGGUGACUAUUACAGAAAGGACAGACUGCACAAACUCCUGUAUCUCAAAAUGCGGUUUCAACUUCAGUUACAUUUCAUUUCAUUUCAUUUCAGUUGUGAUAACAGCUGGAUUUCAAAUGGAAAAGAACCAUUUCCAAGAUGAUAACUGUAUCCCACUCAUGUACAUUCAUGUGACCACAGAGUAACAUAUUACUUGGAGUCUCUAGUAAUGUGCUGAUGAGUCGACUCUGAGUGUUUUUGAUUAGACAAAUGUGUACUGUUGGUAUGCCACCAGAAACAGGGUUGGUAAAACCUACCAUAGAGGAACAUCCUAUUAAAAACUGACAAAUCAUGCCCUCCAGUGGACAGACAUGCACAGAACUGAAGUCUGAAGAUGUCCCUCACUGCUGCAAAUGUUGGCACAUCAAUGUUUGCAUUUACGCUAUUUCAAAUGAGUGUCUUUGACACUUCUUCAGGAGACUCAGAAUGUUUAAUAUAUGUGACCCUGGACCACAAAACCAGUCUCAAGUCGCUGGGGUAUAUUUGUAGCAAUAGCCAAAAAUACAUUGCAUGGGUCAAAAUUAUCCAUUUUUCUUUUAUGCCAAAAAUCAUUAGGAUAUUAAGUAAAGAUCAUGUCCCAUGAAGAUAUUUAGUGAAUUUCCUUCCAUAAAUACAUCAAAACUUAAUUUUUGUUCAAUAAUAUGCAUUACUAAGACUUCAUUUGGACAACUUUAAAGGCGAUUUUCUCAAUAUUUAGAAUUUUUGGCACCCUCAGAUUCCAGAUUUUCAAAUAGUUGUAUCUCGGCCAAAUAUUGUCCGAUCCUAACAAAGCAUACAUCAAUGGAAAGCUUAUUUAUUCAACUUUAAUAGAAAUCUCAAUUUCAAAAAAUUGACACUUAUGACUGGUUUUGUGAUCCAUGGUCACAUAUACGUUUCUAUAAAUACACAGUUUGUAUGUAUAUGUAGGCCUAUUGUAAUACUAAAAUCUCACUGUAAAUGUAAACGUUCUACAAUUUAAUUUAGCUUUUACUACAUUAUAUCGCAUAGCAUUACAAACUAGGGGUGCAUUUCCCAAAAGCAUCGUUAGAUAACUAUAGUGGCAAAUUCUAUUAUUAGCCUAAUUUGCGACCAUAGUUGAUUUUGGGAAACAUGAAGCCUAAAGGUGUUUAUAAAGACUACAACAAAGUUACAGCUUGCCAGUUCUCAAGCCAGUUCUUUUUUGGUGUGAGAAUUGUCCUCUAAUGGCUACAAAAUUAGACUGCAUGCGAUUUUGAAUAACGUUUAUCAUUAUAUAUUGUCACUACAGUAAGUGCAAAAUGUGUUUUCAGAAGAAGAAAAAAACUGAAAGCUGUAUUUGAACACUGCACAAUCAGUUUGUUAUUGAUGUCACAUA